CCGUGUGAGAAAUAUUAGGAAGCAGUUAAUAGAUAAAUAUGUAAUUGUCACAAAACUGGUUUUUGUAUUUAAAAUUUUAUUUUAUGUUUUUUCUUUAAAUUUUAAACUAUGCUAUGUGUUAGAUUCUAGAUUCUCGUUAGCCAGGUGAAUGAGAAUUGUCUUGUAUUUGUUUUAUUUUACCUCAAUUUUUUUCACGGGAGAGGAAACCAAAAUUAGGGCAAAAUUGCGUUCGAUUUUUGUUUCUAACUGAAGCUUCUGAUGUGUUUCAUCCAUCGUGUAUCUCUAUGUGCUUCCACAGCUAUAAGACGCAGAAGCAUUCACGGGCCUACUUUGGUUUCAAGUCACCAGAAGAUGUUUAUGAGUUCGCUGCUUUUUUCAACGGCCAUGUGUUUGUUAAUGAAAAUGGUGCUCAGUUCAAGGCCAUAGUUGAAUAUGGGCCUUCACAGCGUGUGCCCAAACCAUGUGACAAGAAAGAUCCUCGUGAAGGCUCUAUUACCAAAGACCCUGAUUAUAUUCAGUUCCUUAAGCUCAUUGCUCAACCUGUUGAGAAUCUCCCUAGUGCUGAAGUCCAGUUGGAACGAAGAGAAGCCGAGCAGUCUGGUGCUUCAAAGCCGGCUCCUAUUGUUACCCCUCUUAUGGAAUUCAUACGUCAGAAGCGUGCUACUGUGAUUGGAUCUCAGCAACAGAGUUUAUUAGAUGUUCGGAGAGGAGGCAGAAGAGCCAGAGCAGUCUCGUCAAACAAGCCAAGUUCAAGGCCUUCGAAACGAAACUCUGAAAAGAAAAAGUAUGUGGAAAAGCACAAUUCAAAAACCGUCCGCAGUUCCAAGCAAGAUUAUUAUCAGCCAAAUUCAAGUGGAAAGGACAUACCAGUAACUGAAACUGCCUCUGUCGUGGAUAGUUCUCUCCCAGGGAUUGCAUUGACUAUGGAUUCUGGGAAGAAAAAGAUCUUGCUCCUGAAAAGAGACCGAGACGAUCCUGUUAACUCUCCACCACAACAGACAGAAACUAAUCUUACGGGAAGCUCCUCGACUUCAAGACAGAAUCAGAAGGUUCAUGUCGGUGGGAGAUUGAUCAAGGGAAUACUUGUGAGAAAUGAGCCGCGACCUAGCCAGUCUUCAACUUUUGUCCAGCCUGAGCCAAGACUGGAACCCUCAGAACCAGAAAACUGCACGCGUCCUCCUCGAGCAGGGAAAGACUAUCAUGUUUCUGGUACCAAUAUUGAGAAGCAAGAGAGGCGUCCAAGAAACAAGGAUAGACCUGGUCGUGUUGUGUGGGCUCCUCUCCGUCGUCCUGACGGGUCCAAUAUCAGCGAGGACCAACUUUCAACUUCUUCAGCAGCAAAUAAUGGAGAAGUGAAACAAAGGACGUUGUUGCAAAGAUCUGGAGAAGUGGCGAACUCCUCUGAUGGACACUCUCUUGAGAAUGGUUCUGCUAGACAUUCUAGUCGCCGUGUUGGAUCUCGCAAUAGAAAAGAAGACAGCUUUGCGAUGACUGGUGAGGGUAAACCAUCUCGUAGAGGAGGUGGUGGUGGUCCCACUUCAUAUGAGAAGCAAAAGUGGAUCCAAAAAUCAUCAUCGGGUACUUGAUAUAUUCACUUUAACCUAUGGUAAGGCUAUAAACAUCAGCCAAUUCCAAUGGAUUCUGUCUUUGAACGGAAAACUAUAGAUCUGAAUGGAAAUGGAGAGUAACAACACAAUCAGCAUCACUCUGGACUUUUGGUCCAUCGUCGUAAGUGUAGUAUUGCACAUAAAAGAGACCCUUCUCAAAGUAGAUAUCAUCUCAGGAUUUAUGGGUUUGAGACGAGAAAGACUCAGCAGCUACUACCUUUGAAGGCUUUUAGCGGUUCACUGUACCUGCAUCCUAUUUUGGCUUUUGUUGUGUUACAGACGAGUGGGUGAGAAGUAGGAGUGAGAAGUGAGAACUUACUCCCGAGUCUUAAGUAAUGAAAUAGUCAGAAGUGUAUAGGGAGCAGAAACACUGUAUCGGUUUUCAUUUUGGGGAGGUCUCAGAAUAUGAUUUUCCGGAUUUCACUAUAAUAGUUUGAUAUUACUGUGAAGUAAAAUUUUCACUGCGUAA